CGCUGAGCCGAACGUGUCGGUUUGUAUGCUUGAUCCGUUGUAUUAAGUUCAUAUUUGGAUUUUGUGAGAAUAAUUUUUGUCUGGAUUUGUGGUUUUAUUCGACCAAAUUGAGUGAAUAAGCUAAUUUUCAAUUGAGGCUGAAUCGCAACGGUGAACAGAACGUCCAAAAGAUCACUUGGGUUUUGGUUUUACGCUCGAAACAAAGGUGUAGACACUCCAACAGAAAUCAAAAGUACUUUGAUGUGUGAUUAAAGUGUCGUUGUAUUCAAAAUAUCAACAGCUAAUAGAUUUAAAGAUUUAUGUGUGAGUGCAAAUGACACUGAAUUUCUCUUAAAAUACAAAAGUUACAAAAUCACUGCGAAAAAAAGAGAAUAUUCGUGUCGAUUGUGUUUUGUGCGAAACAGAAAUAUUGUGAUUCUCUAAUGGAUACGGCUUGGCGUUUUCGGUUGGUGCUAAUUUGCACAUUUGCAAUAAUAAUUUUUGGUGACAUACUGGGUUAUGCCAAUGUCAAGGGUGACAAAGACUCCAAUGGAAAUCAUCAACGCACUGUCGAUUCAACGCUCAAGAAAAAUCAACAUAAUCGCAACCAACAUCAAAAUAUUGAAGAUUCGCCGUCAACAGAAGACAUCGAAGAUUUCAUCUCGAAAAAAUCAAACAGCAACACAAAGUUGUUACAAAUCGAUUUAAAGGAUAAGAUAACGUUGGCCAAUCAUAUGCGUGAAGCAUGCCUGCCGAAAUUGCUGUGUGAAAUUGCCGCCAAGCCAUCCAAUGUUAUCACAGAAAAAGAACAAAAUCUACUCGAUUUGAUUAGAUCGACGACUUUGUCUUUUGUUUGGCAAUAUUCAACGCCAACAAAGUGGCACUUUGCCGCUCACAUGGGACAAUUGAUGCGUGAUACGAUUGACUCAUUUGGGCGAGCCGCUGGUUGCUCGGAACUUUGGCCACAGUGUCCAUUCAAUUCGGCAACACUACUUCAAUUGAAUAAAAAAGACGGCGGUAGCCUAUCUGGAUAUUAAAUUGCUGUUGAAAAUGACGUUCAAUCCAUGGUGUUAAACUUAGGUGGCGAUGAUGACUUAUACGACUCGAUUAGUUUAUGAUAUAGAUAGAUGAAAAUUGUGAUAAACCCAUGAACUCUCGAUGAAAACUCUUUUUUUUUUUGACCAAUUUUUUACAACGAAAGUCAUAUUCUCAAAGUGUUUCACAUGACUUCAGAUUAAAAGAAACUUUAUUUAUUAACUCAAUAUUAGGAAAACCAAACAUUUAGCAUCAUUACUUACCAGAAGAAAAAAAAGUGAAUAUGGAGGUCAUUCCCAUUUUCAUAAUGACAUAUUGUGCGGUCAAAUUAUCGCAUCAAAUGUCAACUUAUUUCCGGUUUUGUUUUUUUUUUUUGUUUAAGAAUUUAGUUUAAGCGGCAAUCCAACCAUUUAAUUUAAAACGAUUUUUUUUAUUCAUGUAAAAAGUUAUGCAAAUCAAAAUCAGUUGUGCGAAAACCUUAGACGACAGUUAUGGAUAUGAAAUAAGAGCGAGUAUAUACGGGGAAGCUGAAAAUGUCAAUUUGAAUUGUAAAUGUGUAAAUAUUAAACGCAAUUCGAUCAUCUAGUCCCUGAUAUGUUCAAUGAAGAAAUGACCGAACAAAAAUGGAAUAUUCAAUCGAAUUUCCGAAAUAAGUUUUAAAUCGCAUGAAAUAAUUAAGUAAAUUUUUGAAGAAAACUGUAAAUGAUACAAAGAAUAAACAAUAGUUCAAAAGAACAUUGCUGACAA